AACAUACAACUAUACAUGACAUUGUUUUUAAUAGAAUCAAACGGCUUAACUAUGAGAAGGACUAUUAAGCUAAAAAGCAAGAAGAAAGAAGGAAGGCCCUUAGACUUGGAACAGUUCAGGCCUGUUCUCCGAAGGCAGUUGGAACUCAUUGAAGAGGGCAGGAGGGAGAGGAUGGGGAGUAGUGAGGAGAUGGGAGAAGAAACAGAGACAGGAGAAGAGACAGAGACAGGCGAGGAGACAGGGACAGGAGAAGAGACUGGGACAGGGACAGAGAGAGACAAAGGAAAAAAAUUUAAAGUAUCAAAAGAGCAUUAUUGAAAUGAGUAAUCACUA